AAGGUACAUGAGUUGAUUUUUAACUUAUGGAAAAGUUUAAUGCAUUUUACCUUCUUAUUUUCUUUCCUGAUAACUGUUUAUGGAUUAAACAAACAGGACCCUAGUCCCUUUGAAGAACUACAUUGUCAAACAUUUGUGCAUUGUCUUCCAUAGAAGCAUUUGAGUUUAACAUUGUUGUUGAUGUUCUGGUAAGGACACAAGUCCAAGCAACUCUGAAAGAGUUUCGAGGUGAUGGCAUCAAACCAGACCCUGAAAGAGCUACAAUGGGUUCAGCAAGCAAUCAAAUCUGAGGCCCUAAAUCUGCAAAGUAUUUCCUUCUACCUCUCUCAACCAACCUCAGGCUGUUAUCAAGAAACAGACAACUCCAUAAGCAUAAACAUUUCCAAGGAAAAUCUUCCAUUCUUUUCCCUCCUCUUGACAACACUAGCAGCACCUAGGAGUACCAACUCUUCCUCCUUGAGAAACUUGGAGUUCCACAGAGUUGAAUGGGACUCACAACAUGUAAGAAAUCUUGGCACCUUGCUUGGGAAUAACCAAAAUGUACAACAAGUGGUUUUUAGAAGAAACAGGUUCAAUGGAAAAAGCCUGUUAGAGCUUUCUGACAUUCUGAAGACAAAUAAAGUGAUCAAAGAGAUCAUGCUUUCAGAAUCAGGUAUAGGGUCUGUUGGAGCUGGACUCAUUGCUUCUGCUCUUAUGGUGAAUGAUAGUUUGGAGGAGCUUCAGAUAUGGGAAGAUUCAAUAGGGUCAAGAGGUGCUGAGGAGCUUUCCAAGAUGAUUGAAGUUAACUCAACUCUUAAGCUUUUGACAAUUUUUGACUCAAAUGCCAUCACAGCUACCCCUCUUAUAUCUUCCGUUUUGGCAAGGAACAGAAGGAUGGAAGUUCAUGUUUGGAGUGGGGAAAAUGGGGACAAAAGUUCCAAGGUGGUUGAGUUUGUACCUGAGAACAACACACUUAGGAUUUACAAGCUUAACCUGUCAGGCACUUGUAGGGUUACUUGCUCUUUAGGGAUGAACUUCACCGUGAAGUUGCUUGACAUGACUGGUGUCAAGCUAAAGUCACGGUGUGCUAAGGAAUUUCGGUGGGUUUUGGAACAAAACCAGACCCUCAAAGAGGUUAACUUGUCUAGAACAUGCCUUAAAGACAAGGGCAUUGUGUAUGUUGCAGCUGGCCUCUUUAAGAACAGAAGUCUGCAAACCUUACAUCUAAGUGGAAAUUUGUUCAGUGGAAUAGGUGUGGAGCAUCUACUAUGCCCUUUGAGUAGAUUUUCAGCACUGCAAAUGCAAGCCAACACUACCUUGACAUGUGUUACUUUUGGAGGAGGGAGAACAAGAAUAGGAAGGGAUGGUCUAGCUGCUAUUAUACAGUUUCUUAUAACCAAUGAAACAGUGAGGAAAUUGGGGAUUCAUGAUGAUGAGAGUUUGAGAUCGGAUGACUUCGUUAAAAUUUUCAAGAAUUUGGAGAAGAAUGCUAGCUUGAAAUGCUUGUCUCUACAAGGCUGCAAACGUGUGGAGGGAGAGACAUUGCUGCAGACAAUUAUGGAGACACUGCAGAUAAAUCCUUGGAUUGAAGAUAUUGAUCUCUCAAGAACACCUUUACACAACUCUGGAAUGACUCGGGGGAUUUAUCAGAGAUUAGGCCAGAAUGAGAAGACUGAACCAGAAAUGGAUUUGGUCAAGGACAUGCCACUAACAGAACCCAAGAGUUGCAGAGUUUUCUUUUGUGGUCAAGAAUGUGCGGGCAAAACCACACUUUGUCAUUCAAUAUCACAAAAUUUCUCUGCUUCAUCACUUCCCUACUUCGAUCAAGUCAGAACAAUUGUGAACCCAGUGGAGCAGGCUGUCAAGACAGCAGGAAUGAAGAUAAAAACUUUCAAGGAUGAGGAUACAAGGAUUUCAAUAUGGAACCUUGCUGGUCAGCAUGAGUUUUUAUCCCUCCAUGAUCUUAUGUUCCCAGGGCAUGGAAGUGCAUCAUUUUUCAUCAUCAUAUCAAGUUUAUUCAGAAAACCAAGUAACAAAGAACCAAAAAGUUCAACUGAAAUUGAAGAAGACCUGCAAUAUUGGCUCAGGUUCAUAGUUUCCAACUCUAAAAGGGCAAUACAACAAUGCAUGCUACCAAGUGUUGCUGUUGUACUCACACAUUUUGAUAAAAUCAACCAACCAUCACCAAAUUUGCAGCACACAGUAGAUUCAAUUCAGAGAUUGAGAGACAAGUUCCAAGGUUAUGUUGAAUUCUACCCAACUGUAUUCACAGUUGAUGCAAGAUCAUCAGCAUCAGUUAGUAAACUCACUCAUCAUAUCCGAAAGACAAGCAAGACAAUUCUCCAAAGAGUGCCGCGAGUUUAUCAACUUUGCAACGAUUUGAUACAGAUUUUAUCAGACUGGAGAUCUGAGAACUACAACAAGCCAGCAAUGAAGUGGAAGGAGUUUGGUGAGCUAUGCCAAGUUAAAGUCCCGUCGUUGAGAAUUCGAUCAAGAAAUGAUAAUAAAGAGAGGGUGGAAAUGAAGAGAAGAGCUAUUGCUACCUGUCUUCAUCACAUUGGUGAGGUGAUUUACUUUGAUGAGUUGGGGUUUCUAAUUUUAGAUUGUGAGUGGUUCUGUGGUGAGGCACUUGGUCAGCUGAUAAAGUUGAAUGUUAGGAAGCAACACUCCUCAGAAAACAAUGGAUUUGUUAGCAGGAAGGAACUGGAAAAAAUCUUAAGAGGAAGUUUGCAGAGCCCUAUUCCUGGUAUGGGUUCAAAGGUAUUUGAGAACUUAGAUGCUAGUGACCUUGUGAGGAUGAUGUUAAAACUUGAACUCUGUUAUGAGCAAGACCCAUCAGAUCCAAAUUCUCUGCUAUUGAUUCCCUCAAUUCUUGAAGAAGGAAGAGGAAAGCCUCAGAAGUGGCAGCUAAGCAUGCAAGACUGUGUUUGUGCGGGACGUCAUCUUGAGUGUGAUGAUUCAAGCCACAUGUUUCUAACUCCAGGAUUCUUCCCUCGUUUACAGGUGCACCUUCACAACAGAUUAGAGGCUUUAAAGGAUCAACAUGGGGCAACUUACAGUCUUGAGAAGUACCUCAUUUUAAUCAGCAUUAAUGGAAUCUACAUAAGAGUAGAACUUGGAGGGCAGUUGGGUUACUAUAUUGAUGUCCUUGCAUGCUCCACAAAAAACUUAACUGAAACUUUAAGAGUCAUUAAUCAACUUAUAAUCCCUGCGAUCCAAAGCAUUUGCCAUGGGAUCACCUUGACUGAAAAUGUCAUAAGACCUGAAUGUGUGAGAAAAUUGACACCCCCUAGAUACAGAAAAACUCAAUUUGCUUCCCUGCAGCAACUGAAACAAGCACUACUUUCACUUCCAGCAGAUGGCAUGUAUGAUUAUCAACACACAUGGAGUCCAGUCCUAGACUCUGGUAGGCCUAUUCUCCAAGAUGGAUUUGAUUUUGCGCGAGACCUUUUAUCCGAUGAUGACUUCCGGGAAGUGUUGCACCGAAGGUAUCAUGACCUGUACAAUCUUUCACUAGAGCUGCAAGUCCCACCUGAAAAUAACCCUGAAGGGCAAGGUCAAUCUGUAACCAUGAUUGAUGAAGCUGCAAAGGUUGAACCAACCUUUGGUGGCAUUGCAAAAGGGGUUGAAGCAGUUUUAGAAAGACUCAAGAUUAUUGAACAAGAAAUCAGAGACUUGAAACAGGAAAUCCAGGGGCUGAGAUACUAUGAACAUAGACUUCUCCUUGAACUUCAUCGCAAAGUGAACCACCUAGCAACCUUCAAUGUCCAGGUUGAGGAGAGGAAAGUCCCCAACAUGAUCUAUUUUGUUAAGACAGAAAACUACACAAGGAGACUGGUCACCACCAUGCUUUCUGGCAUGAAUGCUCUCCGGCUCCACAUGUUAUGCGAGUUCCGGGGACAAAUGCAUGUUGUUGAAGAUCAGAUGGGGUGUGAAAUCAUGCAAGUCGAUAAUGCAGCCGUGAAGUCUUUGGCUCCAUACAUGAAGAAGUUCAUGACACUGGUAACUUUAGCUCUUAAAAUAGGAGCUCAUCUUGCAGCUGGGAUGGGGCAAAUGAUACCAGACUUGAGCAAGGAGGUGGCUCAUUUGGCUGGCUCUUCGGUUCUGUAUGGUGCAGCUGGGGCAACUGCAGCUGGUGUUGUAGGGGCAGCCGCUAUAGGUAGCAGAAACAGGUCCAGGGAAGGUUCAAGGGACAUUCAACAAGACUUAAGAGCAGCACAGCAAUGGGUGGUUGAUUUCUUAAGGGAAAGAAGCUGCUCCUCAGGGAAGGAUAUUGCAGAGAAGUUUGGACUGUGGCGAGUAAGGUAUAGGGACAAUGGUCAAAUUGCAUGGAUAUGCAGGAGGCACAUGUAUGCCAGAUCUGCAGAGAUAAUUGAAGUGCCUGUUUGAAACAGUUGAAAUCCUUAUGUAGCACUAGGAGCCUUAGCCUCCAAGUUUCUUCUCUUUAUUGUUGUGUGUUUAUAUUUUCCACUAUUAAUAUGGCAUGUAAUGAUGUUCUCCAAUACAUUUAAAGGAAGCUCAAUGGCUCAUACACACACUACCUUUCUGAUUAUGAGCGUGUAUUUCAAAAUCAUUAAGAAUGAGUUUAAUUCAUGCACUGUCAAUGUAAAAGCUAUUAGCCAAUAAAUUUGUUAUAUAAGUCAAUAAAUUUACUAUUCAUGACUAUUUGUGAUUCAAGGAUGGUAUAGAGACUU